AUGGGAUCUAACUGGGAAGAAUUUUAUGCAAAUCUUCCAAAGCCGAAAGAUUUAGAUCACAGUAUAAAAUUGUUGGAAAAAUUUUCGGAGCGAGCUCACAAUGCUAAAGGAAUUGUUUUAGUGACGAGUGGAGGGACCACGGUGCCGUUGGAAUACAACACUGUCAGAUUUGUAGACAACUUCAGCGCUGGUACCAGGGGCUCUGUACUCAAAACUCUUGAGCCGUAUUCAAGACAUUUCACCGGACAGAAAUUUUUGGAUAUGCUGGAGCUAAAAGAAGCUGAUGGAAAAAAUUCAGUAGCAAUAUUGCCAGAGUAUUCAGACCGUAUUGCCGAAGUCUUGGUGAAAUACAAACAGACAUUGAAGCAAGAAAAAUUAUUGCAAAUAACAUUCACGACUGUUGCUGAAUAUUUAUGGCUGCUAAGAGCUGUUUGUCAAGCACUAGCUUCUUUUGAACGUCGAGCUAUCAUAUAUUUAGCUGCUGCAGUAUCUGACUUUUAUGUUCCUCCUCAUGAAAUGUCAGUUCACAAAAUUCAAUCUAGUGGACCUCCAAAUAUAUCACUACAAUUAGUACCAAAAAUAUUGAAGCCUUUAGUGAGCUUGUGGGUGCCCAAAGCAUUUGUUAUUUCCUUCAAAUUGGAGACUGAUGAAAAUUUAUUGAUUAAAAAAGCCCGAGACGCUUUAAAUAAUUAUAAUCACAAUCUGGUGAUAGCCAACAUGCUGCAAACGCGCAAACAACGAGUAGUAAUGGUAACGAAGGAGAAAAAUUACGAAAUUUUUUUAACUGAUCAACAAUUAGAAAAAGGAGAAGAAAUUGAAAAAUAUAUAAUUGAUGAUCUUGUAGAUAGACAUUCACAAUUUUUAAAAAUUCAGUCCUAA